AUGCUGUCUUUGUGUUAUCUGCCGGGUGUGAUCGCUGGCAUCAUUCAGCUCUACAGAGGAACCAAGUACAGACGCUUCCCGGACUGGCUGGACCGCUGGAUGCUGUGCAGGAAGCAGAUCGGUUUGUUGGCGCUGGGUUUUGCGCUGCUCCACGCCGUCUACACGCUGGUCAUCCCCAUCCGCUACAACGUCAGACACAAGCUCAUCUCCCGCGUGGUCGACGAGAUGAAGAACAACAAAACGACUCCGUUUGACUUUGACAACACAGAGGCCUGGGGCACGGACUCGCUGCUGGCCAUGGGCAUCCUGGGCCUCUUCCUCUACGUCCUGCUGGGCCUCAGCUCGCUGCCCUCGGUGGGCGCCACUCUGAGCUGGAGGGAGUUCAACUUCAUCCAGUCCAAGCUGGGCCACCUGACCCUCUUCGUCUGCACGGCUCACGGCUACAUGUACGGCUGGGACAAGUUCCUGAAAGUGUCCACAUACAAGUGGUACACUCCUCCAGGAUACAUGCUGUGUCUGCUGCUGCCUACUGUGGUUCUGCUGCUGAAGCUGCUGCUGCUGCUGCCCUGUGUGGACCGCAGCCUCACACGCAUCCGCCAGGGCUGGGAGAGAGCACCGGGCCUGCCUGAGAAGCAGACCAACUUCUGA